AUGUCGCAUUAUCGUAGUCGUGACUUGAAGUUUUGCACCGUGUGUGCAUCAAACAAUAAUCGGUCGAUGGAAUCACAUAAAGUACUGCAAGAAGCUGGUUAUGAUGUUAGCUCAUAUGGAACUGGUUCUGCAGUAAGACUGCCUGGACUCUCCAUAGAUAAGCCAAAUGUGUACCCUUUUGGUACACCUUAUAAUGAUAUAUAUAAUGAUCUUUUAUCGCAAUCAGCAGAUCGCUACAAGUCUAACGGUCUCUUACAGAUGCUGGAUAGGAACAGAAAAUUGAAAAGAGCACCUGAAAAAUGGCACAAUAAUGUUAAAACAUUCGAUUUCGUCUUUACUUGUGAAGAGAGAUGUUUUGAUUCUGUUUGUGAGGAUUUGAUGAAUAGAGGUGGCGUCUUGAAUAAAAUUGUUCAUGUAAUAAAUAUUGACAUCAAAGAUGAUAAUGAGAACGCUAAAAUUGGUGGUAAAGCGAUACUGAAACUGGCAGAGAUGCUAAAUGGACAAGUAGAGCAAUCGGAUAAGAAUGCGGCACCUUUUGAAGAUUGUAUCAUGGAUAUUUUAACCGACUGGCAAAAACAAUAUCCUCAAUUGCCACUUUUAUAUUCACCUGCAUAUUACUGA